AUUUUCUUAGAUAAAUGGUUGAUAUUUUGAAAGCUGUCAUUGCUGGUGAGAAUCAAAUAUUGAACUAUUACGCCUAUUUUAUCUCUUAGUUAAUAUUUGUUGACUCCAUACAAAUUCUAUUUUUUGUCGUGUACACAAAUUAUGAAUUUGUUCACAAAACUUGUGUGUGUACUAUUUUUCCUGGAUAUUCUAAAAUCUUCCUAUUGAAAAGUUAGGUUAUGCGGCAAGUAGGUGUUUUUCUAAGAUUAGAGAAGCAUAACGAUGUUAUGGUUCGAUUAUGGUUAACGAAAGGUCCAGUAUCGAGAGAUUAAUCCAGCAGAUUAACGCUGUAAACGCUAAACGAUUAGCUGUGGUGCUAGUUAUCACCUUUGCAUGUUAUCACGAAUUUUUACAUCUUAAAUAUGGUUCAAAUUCCUGUGUGUGGUUAUUAUCUGAUGGAAGAUAUAAAGGUGAUCAAGAAUGGCAACCUUAUGGAUGUAUGCUACAUCAUUACACCAAAAUAGAUACAAGGCGUUGUUUAAGAUACCUUGCUUAUUAUGGAAAAGACACCCAUUUUGUAUUCAUUGGUGAUUCAAGAAUUAAAUCAUUAUAUGAUGGACUUAUUGAUCAUAUAAAACAAUAUGAUGCCACUACAGAAGCUGGAGAACCCUCAAAAGAUGCCACACACAUAGAUGAUACCUUAAAGAUUAAAGUUGAUUAUGUUUGGAGUAAAGAUGUUUCGAAAGUUAUGGUUGAUGAGUUUAAACGGUGGCAAAAUGAUCCUAAACCACCAUCUGUUAUUAUAGCUGGUUGUGGUCUUUGGUCAAUACAUAAAGGUAAUGGUUCCCAACUUGCUGUUAAAGAGUAUGCUUCCAAUUUGACACGUUUGGUUCAACCCGUUGAUAACUUAAGCCAGAAAAAAACUACUGUCCUAUGGUCAUUACAAGAACCUGUUGCUGAGGAAAAAUUAACUGGAGUAUAUCAUGGUGUGAUGAAUGAAUAUAUUGAUUUGUAUAAUGGUGCAGCUAUUGAGGUCUUCACACAUUCACAAGUACAAUUGUGGUGGAGUGCAAAAUUAGUUGGACAAGGAAUGACGUUGGAAAGUCCUGAUGGUGUUCAUUUGGCUGCAAAACCAUUACAACAUAAUGUUCAAAUUUUAUUGAAUAUGUAUUGUAAUGAUUAUAUGAAUUUUAAUGAUGGGACUUGUUGUAGUUCAACUGAAUCUUAUACCACUCUGCAAAUUGUAACAUUUUCCAUCUUGGGAGUAUGUGUAAUAAUAGCGAUAUUAAUGCAUAUAUAUCGAUGGUUACGUGAAGUACGAGGACGUCCAAUUCAAGAAUACACACUUUUGGCUGAGUCAGAAACCAGUAUACCUCCUGAUGUAAACGAUUACUACAAUUUGUUUAAAUCAUUAGCUACGAUGGCGAUAAUAAUGGCUUAUUUUAUAGUUUGUGAUCGAACUAAUUUCUUUAUGAAGGAAAAUAAAUACUAUUCCGAGUUUAGUUUUUGGUUACCGAUAGGUUAUGUAUUUACAUUAGGUUUAUUUUUUACUGAAGAUAGUAAAAUAACGAAAGUUUUACAUCGCGAUCAGGUCAAUGAGUGGAAAGGUUGGAUGCAGUUGGUUAUUUUGGUUUAUAACGUAACGGGCGCUCGUCGUAUCUUACCUAUAAAUAUGCACAUUAAAGUUUUAAUGUCGGCUUAUAUUUUCAUUUUAGCAUAUCAACAAUUUUGCUAUGUGUGGCAACGCGCCGACAUCGGAAUCGUACAUUUCUUCCGUACAUUAUUCGAACUAAACUUUAUGACAGUUACAUUAUGUUUAUGCAUGAAUCGACCUUAUCAAUUUUACCAUCUCGUUCCGUUAAUGUCAUUUUGGUAUUUAAUGAUUUACAUAGUUUUAGCAUUACCACCUCACAUAACGGCCCAAAGUUCCGAAAAUAAUAAAAUUCAUUACUUUUAUUUAGUCAUUAAAUUCAUUACGUUAUUUAGCGUAAUAACCAUUUUGUUUUUAUCGGAAGUUUUCUUUGAAAAAGUGUUUGUAACUCGUCCAUGGAAAGCGCUUUUUGUCACCACAGAUGACGACAUUCACGAAUGGUGGUCGCGAUGGAAAUUAGAUCGGUAUUCAACCAUUUACGGGAUGUUGUUUGCUGUUAUUUUAUAUUUAGCGCAACGUUACAAUAUAUAUGACGAUAAUAACCAUAACAAUUUGUUUUCGCGAGGUUUAGCUUUAAGUACAACUUUGGCUGGUUUAAUUGGUUUAGGCUCGUACAUAACAUUUACUUUUCUGUGCCGUAAUGAACUUGAUUGUUCAGAAAUUCAUUCCUACAUAGUUUUCUUACCGAUUGUAAGCUAUAUUUUUUUGAGAAACAUUUCAGGGGUACUUCGUACAAAAUAUUCAAGCCUAUUUGCUUGGUUUGGUAAUAUAUCAUUGGAACUUUUUAUCAGCCAGUAUCACAUAUGGUUAGCAGCGGAUACUCAUGGCGUUUUAGUGUUAAUCCCUGGUUAUCCUGUAUUAAAUAUCAUCGUAACAUCUUUUAUUUUCGUAUGCGCCUCACAUGAAAUACAUCGCAUUACAAAGAUAUUGUUACCUUAUGCUGUACCAUCUGAAUGGAAGCUAGUUUUAAGAAACUUUGUAUUGUUUUUAGCGAUUUUAGUACCAAUUGGUAUUCACGAUGGGAUGUUUUAAUGUGGGUGAUUAUUAAUUUCUUUUAUUAAGUUAUAUAUUUUUUAUAAGAACAUAAUGAACCAUAAAAGUUGUUUAUGCUAAAUUUGUACUUUAUAUAAAAUUGGAAUUUGUAGAAAUGGUUGUUAUAUUUCUUUGUAAAUAUAUUUUCUUUUUUGAAUA